ACCCUAAAAAAGAAAAAGAAAAUCAUUUCAUCUUUCUUUUCUACACCCCUGCAAUCAGUGUUGAGACGCCGAACACUGAAUGAUCUCAGAUUUUAUUACCCAUCAUUGUCCAUAGAUCUUGGAUUUGCGAGCGCUUUCUUUCUUUUGACGUCGGGCAUGGUGUUCAUGUUUGGAGCAUAUCCGUGUGGUUAUUGGGAUAACUUUCUGUUGAAGCCAUCAUUUUUUUGCGCAACAUGGUAGCUAUUACUCCAUCUUCUGCUUCUUUUUGUCUGCCCAAACGUUCGCUGUUCUCUAAAACGUCAAAAACCACUCGUAUAACUGGCCCAUCUGCGCUAUCACAUAGUCUCUUUGUGGCCAAGAAUCCAAAAGCAUUUGUCGUGAAUGCCUCAAUUUCAGUCACUGAAUCAAAUUCAAGGACUUCAAGUUUGAACAAGAAGACCCUGAAUCCAAUCAUUGUCAUUGACAAUUAUGAUAGCUUCACCUACAAUCUUUGUCAGUAUAUGGGAGAGCUGGGAUGUUUUUUUGAGGUCUAUCGAAAUGAUGAUUUGACUGUGGAUGAGUUACGAAGGAAGAAUCCACGAGGAAUUCUAAUAUCCCCUGGGCCAGGGGCACCUCAGGAUUCUGGGAUCUCGUUGCAAACUGUUUUUGAACUUGGACCUACUGUUCCUCUAUUUGGUGUCUGCAUGGGUUUGCAGUGCAUUGGAGAGGCUUUUGGAGGGAAAAUUGUGCGUUCCCCAUAUGGUGUUGUGCAUGGAAAAAGUUCUCCUGUUUACUAUGAUGAGAAGGGCGAGGAAGGGCUUUUAUCUGGGUUAUCAAAUCCUUUCACUGCUGGUCGAUAUCAUAGCCUGGUCAUUGACAAGGAAACUUUUCCCGAUGAUGAGCUGGAAGUUACAGCAUGGACUGAAGAUGGAUUGAUAAUGGCCGUUCGCCACAAGAAAUACAAACAUUUACAGGGAGUUCAGUUCCACCCAGAAAGUAUUAUAACGAACGAGGGAAUGUCCAUCGUUCGCAACUUCGUAAAAUUGAUAGAGAGGAGGGAGAUGGAGGUCGAGCUUCAUUCGUGAGGUUCAAUUUCUCAGCCUGAGACUUUCUUCAUCUCUUAACCUGUUAAACCUUUCUACUAUAGCCAUUGGAUUGUUGUGUCGCUUCAACUUAUAAGUGGCUGAUAUGAGCUUAAGUUCAAGUGACCAAGUUGUUUAGUGACUCUACUAUAAAGUCGAAUAAACUUGUUCUCUUAAAUUAUAA